AUGAGUUUCCUUGAAGCUUUGCAAGCCAAGCGUAAUAAAUUAAAAAACUGUGAAACCAUUGUUACAACCGCAACGGGGGAGCGUUUUAAAGAAAAUACAACAACACAAGAAAAAGAAAAACUGGAUGAUAAGUCAGCUUCCAUGAGCUAUGGUUUUGUAGUUGAUACUAAACCCGAUUUUAUACCAGCUUAUUUACCAGAAAGUUCAUUAACAAAUGGUGUGUUAGACAAGGCUUUUAAUUUUAUCGAUAAAGCAUUAAAUAAUGGAGGAUGUGUUUUGAUCCAUUGUAAUGCUGGUGUAUCAAGAUCUGCCAGUGUUGUCAUAGCUUAUCUGAUGAAAUAUAAAAAUAUGGAUUUUGAAAUUGCCCAUGGAUAUGUGAAAACCCGACGGGAAUGCAUUCAACCAAAUGCAGGUUUUUUAAAACAAUUACGUAGUCUUAACUCCACGUAUCCUGUGAAUACAGCGCGUUGGUUGGCCCUUAUUAUCCUCGGAUUUGUUGUUAUAUUCUUAUCCUACAGUAAGGAUAUAAGAUGCAUUGCUUCCCUCUCCAUACCGAUAUUAUGCAGUUCCAAAGGACGUUCCCUUAUAAUUGCUUUGGCGUUUUUUAUGGCGGCCACUGGACCCACCCUGAAUCUGUUUCGUAACAUCGAUGUCAUGGUCUCGAGUCUAAGUUGUGGACAAAUGCAGCUGAAACAGGCGUUGGGAGAAAUGUUGGAUACCCUAAAGAAACCUUUGGUUGCCAUAAAGGAUGCCAUUCAUAAUGCGGUGAAUGAUUUGAGAAAUGUUUUGAAAAAGGUACAACAUGUAUUGCUUACAAUACAGGCCUUGAUUGUAAUGAUAUUGGCCACAAUGAAAAAUGCUUUCGCAUGGCUGCGAAAUAUCGUUCGAAUGUGUAAUAAAGAAUUUGGAACACCCUAUGAGAGGUGUAUGAAAAUUGCCCAUGAUGCAAUCAGGGAUUGUGAAAUGAAAUUGGGUGCCGUGAAGUCUCUAUGUCAAGUCACUCAGCUGUUUGCCAUGCUGUGCUAUGCCACAAAGGUGGUCGAUGUCAUUUGUGUUCUGGUGGUAUUUGUCAAUGAAUCCAUAAUAGAAACAGUAAUGGAAAGACUAAAAAUGUUCACCGAUGAAGUCAAAAGGCUAUUUGAUGUCUCCAUAACAUUUGAUCAUGAUUUCUAUUUUAAGACCACCACAUCCAGGGAAUUGGAUGACAUCAAGAAGGAUAUCAUGUUCGAUAUUCAUAGUCGUAUGAAAACAUUCGUUUUGAUUUUUGGCUGGUUGGAUAUGCUGAGCCUGUUUAUGUUUGCUUUGAUUGUAUUUAAAGCCAUCUAUUUUCGUUUGAAAUAUUUACACAAUUUUAGUUAUCAGAAUUAUUAUAUAACAAAGGACUUUGUUGAAAUUGACGAAAAUCGUAAAAAUUUACAUAUGGAAACGGCAUUGCCUUUGUCGUUCAUGGAGAAAAUGAAAUAUCCUUGGCUAACCGAUUGUCGAUUAACCCAUCAAGAAUGGCUGGCCAUAUCACGCUCCGGUGUCUUUUUGGCAAUUUCAAGUAUCCAAUUGUUCUGCAUAUGUUUUGCCGAUUAUAGUCUCUUUUGGUUACUGGCCAUGAUAUCCUAUUAUGGCCACAAAGAAAAGGGAUUUACAAUUCCCCCAUACAUCACCGUCGAAAUUGAAGGUGGUGGUUUUGUUGGCGAAAUAUUUGGUGGUAUUGUACAUGCAUUUGAACCUAUAUCUCAAAAUUAUACAAUGGAUCCCCACAACUGUCUACCACUGCCACACAGACCAAAUUAUGGCCAAUAUUAUUUGAUUGGAAUGCUGCUUGCAUUUGCAUGGAUGUUUCUAUUUUGUCAACCCUAUGGUUUACGGCUGCGGCAUAUUGUAAUGCGUCUUUAUUAUCCCGAUGUUGCAAGGCAGAGGGCAAUAUGGUUAUAUAAUCGGAUUCUAUUGAAACGAAUUAGUUUCUUUAAGCUAGCCCGUCGCAAAGCCCGAAUGACAUUUACCAAAAAUAAAACAGGCGAUAACUUUUCUCUGUUGGAUUGGUUGAGAGUGAAAACUGAAGGAUAUUGGUUAUUUCGAUUAAUAUUGGGACAUCGGAAAGCAGAUAAAUGUUUGUUAUGUGGUACACCAUUAAAUGACUCCCUUGUAAAAUGUGAAACCAUUGCUUGCAAGGCUGUCUAUUGCAAAAAAUGUUUUCAAGAAUCAAAUAAUAUUUGUUGUAUAUGCCACAAUCCUGUUGAUUAUGGAGACUUUAGCGAUUUAUCGGAAGUGGAAGAUUCUUCGGAUGAUCCGAAUGUCAUACAUUUUGAUGAAACCGAUGGUGAAUGUUUGAUUAAAAAAUGGAAUGAAUAUAUUGAUUGA